AUGGCGGGCAGUGGAGGGGGUAACUGCAGCCCUGCUGCGAUGGUGCUGGAUCAAGUGGUUCUAAAGCUCAACCCCACAAGAACAAGAUGCGAAGUGGUGACGUCAACAGCGGGGCGAGUGGAGGUCGUAUGCGUCGCGCUGCUGCGCCCGCUCGCGCAGCAUAUCGAAGCGGUGGAGCGCGAAAUCUCCGCGGGCGCGCAUGUGGUGAUCCUGGAUCCCCGCCAGUGCGCGCCGUACCACCGCCUCUUCCGCGCGCCGUUCGUGAGCAACGAGGACGCCGCCGCCGCCGCCGCCGCCAUCGCGUGGUUCUCCAAGGGCACUCUGCAACGUGUACUACGGUUCAUAAACUCGCCCGCGCUACUGGAGCAAGCCGUGGCCAUCACGCAGGAGAUCACGAGCCUCACCAAGUCGCUGCAGCGCAGCACGCAAGUCGACCUUCACGACGCUGCCUGCAUGCUUUCUGACAGAGCGCAGAUUCCGGGAGACCCUCCCCCCAGCGCCCGCAGCAGCCGCGCCAGCUCCCCCUGUCGCGCCUCCCCGCAACCCGUGCGCGCGCCACGGUCGUCGUCGCGCUCCUCGUCUCCCAUCCGUGACCAGAUUCGGGCACUGUCAGAGCUUGAAACGACAGAGACCAAUGCGGAGCUAGUCGAGCGUCUCCGCCGGGGCGUGGAGGCGCGGCGCGGCAUGCUGAAGCGCGAGCGCGAGGUGGCGGUGGCGCGCUCGCAGGCGGCGGGCUUCACGGCGGACCACCUGCCGUCGCUGCUUGCCUUCGCCGACUGCUUCGGCAUGCCGCGCUUCCGGUGCGCCGCGCCACGGGGGACCGGGGGAACGGGCGGCAUGGGGGGGAAGGGGCGGCAUGGGGGGAAAGGGGAAAGACUUGUUAAUCGCGCCUCUUCUGCUCCUCUCUACUCUCCCCUUCUCUCCCUCUACCCUCCGCCAAACCCCCUCCCCUUCCUCCCUUGUUCUCCCGCCAUAUCCUCGUUUGCUGCCCUUGUCCCAAUUGCCCCCUCCCCUCGUUAA